AUGAUGAUUGGAUUUCCUUUAUUGAUGUAUUAUUUUUGGGUAUGUCUGGAAUACUAUCAAGGUAAACUAAUCUCUCCUGAACAUCUGUUUUCUAUGGCUUCUUGGCAAGACUUUUUGGUUCAUGAUAUUUGGGACCAUAUUAAAUUGGGUGCAGCUCCCACGUGGACAGCUUUCUUUAUCUAUGGUGGUUAUGUCUUGUUUUCAUUUAUUCUUGCUGCUGUGAUGCCUGGACCUGUGGUGGAAGGUUUACCAGUACCUUCUUUGAAAGGUGAAAAGUUAAAGUACAUAUGCAAUGGGCUGUCUUCCUGGUAUGUAACACUUGCAUUAUCAGGGGUGUUACAGUACACAAAAUGGUUUGAUUUGGCACUCAUUGUGGAUAACUUUGGGGGGAUUAUGACAGUGGCUAUUCUUUGGGGAUUCAUCAUGUCUACAUUGGUAUAUGUCAUUAGCACUGCAAAAGGAACAAAUCAUAGAAUGUCAGGCAAUUUCUUUUAUGAUUAUUUUAUGGGCGCUUGUCUCAAUCCUCGUAUUGGUCCUGUUGAUCUUAAAAUGUGGGCAGAAAUCAGAGUACCAUGGCCUGUUCUCUUUUAUAUUACAUUAUCAUGUAUGAUCAAGCAAUACGAAAACAGUGGUACGGUGACUGCUCCUAUUUGUUUUAUGUUACUUGCCCAUUUCCUUUACUCCAAUGCAUGUCAAAAAGGUGAAGAAUGUAUUCCUCCAUCAUGGGAUAUCUUUUAUGAAAAGGAUGGUUUUAUGUUGAUCUUUUGGAAUAUGGCUGGAGUGCCUUUCACUUAUUGUUAUUCAUCUAUCUAUCUCUUGAAAACGGAACUGGCCACUGGUACACCCAUCACACACUCUACUCCUUAUACAAUCUUCCUCUUUGUAUGUCUACUCCUUGGUUAUUAUGUGUUUGAUACUGGCAAUUCACAAAAGAAUCGGUUUCGAAUGGAGCAAGUAGGUACUUUCAUGAUGCGCAAUGGAUUUCCACAACUACCCUGGGGUCAUCUCAAACAUCCAACUUAUAUCACGACCGAACAUGGCAACUUAUUACUGACGUCUGGAUGGUGGGGAAUCGCUCGCAAGCCGCAUUACACAGGGGAUUUGUUGAUGGCACUCUCUUGGGGUUUGAUCACUGGUUUUGGUUCUUUCUUACCUUACUUUUAUUUUUGCUUCUUUUUAUGUGUCCUGACCCAUCGGGUGUCUCGUGAUAUGGAACGUUGUGCAAAGAAAUAUGGCAAGGACUGGGAUCGCUACUGUGAAAGGGUGCCAUAUAUUUUUAUUCCGUAUGUCUACUGA